AUGUCCCGAUACAACAACAACACCCAAUACCCACCGCAGGGAGGCCAACAGCAGCAGCAGCCAUACUAUGCCGGACCCCCUCAGCGUGCACCCACUAACCCCCGGUCACCCGUCUCCCCCGGAGGACACAACGCAGGAUACCCCCCACAGCAGCCCGUCGGCUACGGUGGACCCCCAAGUGGAGGAUACAACCACAAUGUCGGCCACCAGGGCUACGAGAUCGACGAUAGCGACGGCGCAGGACUCAUGAACAACCAGGGCCGUGCCGGUGGCCCCCCACCCCACCGCCAGAACACCUUGAACCAUAACCUUGACAGAAACGGAUACCCUCAGGGACCUGGACCCUUGCCCCGCUCAGUCUCCAAGCUCGAUCGUUCAGCCACCAUGAACCGCCGAUCCGUCUGCCACGUUCCUUUGACAGAUGGAAACUUGGUCAUGGACUGCCCGGUUCCACAGCAACUGCUUCAGAACGUCCACUUCAAGGGCGAGCGCGAGUUCGAGUACAUGCGUUACACCGCCGCCACCUGCGACCCCAACGACUUUUUCAAGGAGCGCUACACCCUCCGACCCACCAUCUACCGCCGUCAGACCGAGCUAUUCAUCGUCAUGACCAUGUACAACGAGGACGACGAUCUCUUUAUCAAGACAAUGGGCUCCGUCAUGAAGAACAUUGCUCAUCUCUGCACCCGCGCAAAGUCAAAGACCUGGGGCAAGGAUGGCUGGAAGAAGGUCGUUGUCUGUGUUGUUGCUGAUGGUCGCAAGAAGUGCCACCCCCGUGUCCUCAAGGUUCUCGCCGCCAUGGGUGCUUAUCAGGAGGGUAUCGCCAAGGACACUGUCGCCGGCAAGCCCGUCACCGCCCAUAUCUACGAAUACACCACCCAGGUCAUGGUCGAUGAAGAGCUCAAGAUGCGUGGUGCCGACCGUGGCAUUGUUCCCGUCCAGAUCCUUUUCUGUCUCAAGGAGCAGAACAAGAAGAAGCUGAACUCUCACCGCUGGUUCUUCAACGCCUUUGCACCCCAGCUCAACCCCAACGUCUGUAUCCUGCUCGAUGUCGGAACCAAGCCCUCGGGAACGAGUAUCUACCAUCUCUGGAAAGCCUUUGACCGCGACUCGUCGAUCGGAGGAGCCUGUGGAGAGAUUUGUGCGGAUCUGGGACCCAACUGCGCCAACUUGCUCAACCCCUUGGUCGCCUCGCAGAACUUUGAGUACAAGAUGUCCAACAUUCUCGACAAGCCUCUCGAGUCCGUCUUUGGUUACAUUUCCGUCUUGCCAGGAGCCUUCUCAGCCUACCGUUACAAGGCUCUCAAGGAUUCCUCGCCCGGUGUCGGACCUCUAUCGUCGUACUUCAAGGGAGAGACCCUUCACACCUCGGGAGAUGCCGGUAUUUUCGAGUCCAACAUGUACUUGGCCGAGGAUCGUAUUCUGUGCUUCGAGUUGGUCGCCAAGAAGAACGAGGCCUGGUUGCUUCGUUACGUCAAGUCGGCCAAGGCCUCUACUGAUGUCCCCGAUUCGAUCGGAGAGUUCAUCUCCCAGCGUCGUCGUUGGUUGAACGGAUCCUUUUUUGCCGCUUUCUACUCGCUUGCCCAUUUCACCCGCGUCCUCACUUCGGGCCAGGGUUUCUUCCGCAAGAUCUUCUUGAUGGUCGAGUUCCUCUACAACGCCAUCAACUUGGUCUUCAACUGGUUCUCGCUCGCCAACUUCUAUCUCACCUUCUACUUCUUGACCGUCGCCGCCGCCAACAACGCCAACAAGGACUUCCAGCCCUUCGGAGACUGGGGAAAGAUGACCUUCAGUGUUCUUCGUCAAGUCUACCUCGCCGCCAUUAUCACCGUCUUUAUAUGCUCCCUCGGAAACCGUCCUCAAGGAUCCCGCUUCAUUUUCAUUCUUGCCAUCAUCUUGUUUGCCGUUAUCAUGGGAGUUAUGCUCUACUUGGCUGCCGCGACUGUUGUUGCUGUGGUGUUACCCGAGCUGCACAAGGCAAACGCGAUCCAACAUAUGCUCGACUUGCUCAAGGUUCAAGGUCCUUUCCGCGACUCUGUCAUCUCGCUCGCCUCGACUUACGGAUUGUACAUCGUCUCGUCUCUCCUCCACUUUGAGCCCUGGCACAUGUUCACCUCCUUCAUCCCCUACCUGUUCCUCUUGCCCGCCUACAUCAACAUCCUGAUGGUCUACGCCUUCUGUAACACCCACGAUGUGUCCUGGGGAACCAAGGGAGACAACAAGACUGCUGAGCUCGGAGGCGCCACCAAGGUCACCAAGGACGGUCAAGACGUCCUCAAGCUCGAGAAGCCCACCAACAAGGAAGAUAUCGACGCCGUCUACCAAUUGAACAUGCAGGAGCUCUCUGUCCGCCCGGACGCGAUCAAGGAGAAGCGUGAUGCCAAGACCAAACAGGAAGAUUACUACAAGAUGUUCCGUACCAACUUGGUCCUCACCUGGAUGUUCACCAAUGCGAUCUUGAUUAUUGCCAUGACCAGCAGUUUCACGCUCGGAUCCGACGAAGCCCAAAAUGACAAGCAACCUACCAAGGAAGAUAUGUUCAACCCUUACCUGUCGAUGAUUUUCUGGAGUGUCGCUGCCCUCAGUGCUUUCCGCUUCACUGGAUCUGUCAUGUACCUCAUUCUCCGUGCCCUCUUUGGUUAA